ACUGUCUAAGCAUAAUCAAAAUAUUUUUAUUUACUCUGCAGUAAGAAAUGAGUGACAAUUCGAGUGAUCAGCUGAUUCUCCGGGAGUCAAUCGCUGCUACCACUAUUCCAGUUUAUUUCAUAUUUUCUUUGGGAUUUAUCGGAAAUGGUUUGGCAUUGUAUGUGCUGAUUUCGUCCUCAAAAGGUCACAAAUGGGCUCCAUUUCAAAGACUUGUGCUUGGAUUGGUCAUCACAGAUGCUGGAGGCUCACUAUUGAUAUUCCCCACCAUUCUUGUUCGCUUUGCGUCAAACCUUACCUACGUUUUCCCGCCAGAUCUUUGUAACUUUAGCUCCUUUACGCUGAUGUUUACCAUUACGUCAUCAGCUCUAAUUGUCUGUAUGAUGUCUUUAGAUAGAUUCGUUGCUGUGCUUUUCCCAAUGGCGUAUAAAGCUCAAAAUAAAAUGUAAACGAGUGAACAUAAUGCUUGUGUCUGUCUGGGCGUUUUCGGCUAUUUUUAGCUGUCUGCAUCUGCUCGGAUUUGGUACAAAUUUUAACUUUUAUCCAGGCACGUGGUGUUUCUUAAAUUAUCUGGGCAAGUCUGUCCUCGAUCGUGCAAGUGCCUUCGUCUUUGCCAUAUUUGGAAUUCUUGUCAUAUUGGUGAUCGUGAUAUCAAACUGUGUGGUCAUAGUAACGUUGUGUCGAACUAAAUUGUCACGGAGCACUCGCAGUCAAGUGUCCAUAGCCGUCUACUUUGUAGUUCUCGUCACUCUGUUUCUCGUCUGCACAGCGCCAGUUAUGAUUACUAUGCUCUCUUUUGCGGCACAAUGGACGACAGAAAAAGACCCAAAGGAUAAUACAGCCGUGGCCCUAGCUGUCACUAAUGCCAUAUUUGACUCAUGGAUCUACAUUCUUCUGCGCAAGGAGACGCUCACUCGCAUACGUAUACAAAUCACCAAAUUACGCUCAUGUUUACCAUGGUGUCAAGAGAAUCAGCCUGAUCAACUAGAGGAAUCAGUUGCCGAUUCUGGGGAGACGCCAGUUAGUGUUCAAACAGAGGUGGAUGUAGUAUGAUAUAAAAACAACUCUAGGUGUCAUUCCACAGACUAAGAUGUCUUAUUGCAAAGACUGGAAGAAAUGAAUAUAUUUCAAACUUUGUUUUAAUUCUAAAAUGUUUUGUUUUAAUAGCAAUGGUUUAUCCAUUUGUAAGUGUUUUUCUGUCUGACCUGACAUUACUCCACCUAAAAUACAUUGUGUUUAUCUUUUCUGUCUGGCCUGGCAUUACUCCAUCUAAAGCACAUUGUGUAUAACUUUUCUGUCUGACCUGACAUUAUUCCACCUAAAGCACAUUGUGUUUAUCUUUUCUGUCUGGCCUGGCAUUACUCCACCUAAAACACAUUGUGUUUAUCUUUUCUGUCUGGCCUGGCAUUACUCCACCU